UGAGUGGCGAGCGUUGUAAACACUAAGUAGAAGUAGCUCAACUGUCCGGGAAACUGUUGGAUUAACGUCGUUGUUAGAUAUUAUUUCAUCACAAGUGAAUUAGAAAUGUGCGUAAAUAACGGCUGAACUUUUCUGCGCCAGAGUUUAGCGCUCUAACUGCAGCAGAAGUCCGCGUUAGCAAGUUGUUAGCAUAUUGUGGCUAGCAGGCCGCGGAGCCUCGGGGUUUCCUGAUCAAGUUGACACGCGUUGAGAAGUAGCGCCGUGGACGCUGCUUUCUAGCAACUCAAGUCCGUCUGCUCAAUCCUGGGACAAUCAGCUUCACCAUGUCAGCCGACAGUGAUACCAACACCUGGACCACGGAGGACGACAACAAACUGGUGAGACCAAAGGUAGAGUUCUGCUCUUUGCUGCAGCACGCUGGAGCCACUAAAGAUGUUUUCACCAUGAAGGAGGUAAUGUUCUACCUGGGUCAGUACAUCAUCCAGAAGCAGCUGUACGACCAGAAGCAGCAACACAUCGUUCACUGCGCCCAGGAUGCUCUGGGCCGUGUGCUGGGAGUCGACAGCUUCUCUGUGAAAGAGCCGCGGGUUCUGUUUGCAAUGAUCACCAAGAACCUGGUGGCUGUCAGGAGUCCAGAAUCAACAACAAGUCUGAGUGAGCCGCACAGCAGCAGCCAGACAGACAGAAGGACGGAGGCGGCAGAAACAGAAGGUCGCUCUUCAUCGCCUGAAAGGAGGAGGAGAAGGAGGAGGAGAAGGUGGAGCUGCAGGAGCAAUGAGCCAGGUCCCUCACACAGUGUAGACGACGGGGAUGUUGAGGAAGACUCAGAGGAGGAGGAGGAAGAGGGAGGCACGAAAAGGAGACGGUCUGACAGCUACUCGCUGACGUUUGACGACAGCCUGUCCUGGUGUGUGAUUGGAGGACUUGGGAGCGGGCGGGAAAGACACAGCAGCCAAUCAUCUGACUCGCACAGCACAUCUGGGAGGUCAGAGGUCACGGACGCAGUGUCAGACUCUGACAGCGACAACUUCAGUGUUGAAUUUGAAGUCGAGUCCAUAGAUUCAGAUGAUUACAAUGAAGAUGAUGCUUCUCUCUCUGCUGAUGAUCAGGUAUAUGAGGUCACAAUCUUCGAAGCAGAUGACGACGACUCCUUUGAUGAAGACACAGAGAUUACUGAAGCUGAUUACUGGCGCUGUGCGAAAUGCGAUGAGUUGAACCCUCCUCUGCCCAGAAACUGCCUCCGCUGCUGGGAUCUGCGCCAGGAUUGGCUACCUGAUGUGUCCGUCAACUGCGCCUCCUCCAGCCCUAAAGCCCUGCCCACAAAGCCGACCAACCUAUCAGCUGCCAAAGAACCUCCAGGUUCUGACGUGGAGGAGAACGGAGUCGACGUUCCAGAUGGGAAAAGAUUAAAAACUCCUCCUCCUCUGCACUCGCAGUGUGCGUCCGACUCCACCUGCUCCUCCGCCGCUGCUGACUCCGCCUCCUCCGCACCAAACUCCCAGGAUCUCCUCUCAUGCUCCCAGCCUUCCUCCUCCUCCUAUUCGCAGGAGAAGAUCUGGACUCCCGAAUCCCAGCCCUCCUCUUCCUCACACUCAUCCUCCAUUGAUUCUCAGGAGCUUCUCCCACCUUCCCCAGCUCCAGCUGCUCCUCCUACAAUGCAAGUUCCCGAUAUGGAGCGCAGCAUUUCGGCGGAGUGGCGUCUGCCGGACUCGUGCCUGGACCCCUGCCUCAUCUGUCAGUCGCGACCAAAGAACGGCUGCAUCGUGCACGGACGGACCGGACACCUUAUGUCCUGCUACGUCUGCGCCAGGAAGCUGAAGAAGAGGAACAAACUGUGCCCAGUGUGCAGGCUGCCCAUCCAGUCUGUCAUCCUCACCUACCUCAGCUGAGACCACGCCCUUGCCCCCACACACCGCCCAUUCAUGUGAGCAUUCACAGCUGGUGUUCUCACAUGUGGACUUCCACAGACUUCAGAAUAACUGCGGAUUUACUUUGACUAAAUCCCAAAUAAAAUAAACUUUCAGUUGUCGGGCACAUGCGGGCACCUUCUUCAAAACUGAGAAGAUUUUCUUGAAAAAGUUAAUAAUUUUGCUAUUUGACCUGUUUCUCUGUCCUUCAACCUCUGGAAUGUGCCCGUCAAGGGUCUGUCGGGUAACGCCAAGCUUCCCAUUGCCAUGGGUUUCUUUUUCUGUUCUUCUUCUUCUUUUGUUUUAAAUGCUUGGUGUUGUUUCUUCUUUUUUGCUUUGUGUAUUUUGGUGCAGCUUACAUAAACACUCAUCUUAACUGGCCAAUCUCAGGUCUACGCCCUCUAAAGCUCCACCAUCAUUAUGAAAGUCCUACAAACAGAAGCCCCCAGAGUUUCAUAUGAAGAGCAGUGCAAAAAGACCAGAAUAUUAGAUUUUUCUUUUUCCUGCUGCAUUUUAAAGACUUUUUAUUUAAAAAUAGUUUAGAACCUCACAAAAUUAACUAAAUCUAUAAAUAUUGGUGAAUAUUAAGAAACACAGCUAUGACUUUAUUCUCAAAACACCUGUGUGUGGUGUUGAAGAGAUACCACCUUAAACCAAGGCUGCGUUGUACCUUAAUGUAAUACCAUUUCGCACCACAAGAUGGUGCAUGAGUAAAUGUAAACUUUAUUUAAUGGCAGCAUAUAUUGAAAAAUGGAAGUAAUGCUAAAAUGAACGAAGAAACUGCUGCCCCUGGUGGUGAAAACUAAAUUCUGCAGAGGCUAUUUCUGAAAAGUUUUAGAAAUUUUUUUCACUAAAUCUUUAAUCAGAAAACAGAUGGAGGUGGAGCUCAAAUGUGAGAAGUUGUAACUUGUUGAAUGUUUUUUGUGUCACCUUGAAAUUUGAUGGAAACAUCUCCACAGCUAGCUUUCAGACAUUUUGUAGAUCUUUGUGGUUUUUUUAAGCCGACAUUUUAAAAAACGGGAGGAUUUUGUUGUCAGUUAUUUUGAGGCUUAAACCACAUUUAGUGUUCUGGUGUGGACAGGUGUGGCGCUCUGUGGCAAAGAGAGAUAUUUUUAGAAUGUGUUAAUUAUAUUUUGUACGAUGCAAACUUUAGAAGCAUCGGCCGCAUCUUGUAAUUUCUGCGCCAGCUCUCCGUCGCCUCCGCCAAGCUCGCUCGCUCCUGGAUCGCCUCAUUCUGCAUCUAAGCUUCUCCCUUGAGAUGAGUUCACCUUAACCGGAUUAAAAACCCAAAGGACUCUGACGCUGCAUGGUGCACGAUGCCGCCGCCACGUGAAAGUGUCCGGGGGUGCUAACAUCAAGCAGUGCUUUAUUUUAGCGGCAUUUAAUUUCUGACCCUUUUAUGGGAAGUGUCCUUGAAAGGAACCCAAAUUCAUUUUCAUGCAUAUAUUUAACUACUGGAAAUUUCUUUGACAUGUUUUCAGGUUUUUCUGGAAAUUUCUUUGAAAGUUGUUUAAUUAUUGAGAAAUUAUUGCCGUUAAAAUGGAGUGUUGAACAUCUUUGAUAUUUAUUUAUUUAAAAUACUCAAGUUUAUUUAAGAAAUGU